CCCUUCCCUUUAAUCAAUUAAUUCACCACCCUCUAUUUCUACCCCAACAUGAUUUCCAUUUAAAUCUAGCUAGCUUCUCCUGAGAGCCUCCAAUCACACAAAAUGGAAGGCGUUUCCGCCACCGUCUACAAAGGAAUCAAAGGCUACUGGCGCCGCAAGGGCUAUGAGCGGCUCGACGCCAAGGCCAAGCCGCGAGUCGUCGAGCUAGGCGGCGGCGGUGCGGCUCCGAGGCGGAGGCCGUGGAGGAUUAAGCUGACGCCGCCGCGGCUGAAGCUGAAGCUGCGAUUCUCGCCUAAGAAGCUGCUGCUGGGGCUGCGGGAUGCGUACAUGGGAAUGAUGAUGAAGAUCGCGAGCACGAGGAUGAUCGGGAGCGGAUUCUCCGGCGACGGAGUGAGCGGAUUCGGAAUGCAGCGGAGCAAGGAGUACGAUAGGAAAAUGAUUGUUGAGAUCUACAAAUCAAUUGUGGUGGCGCAGGGCCAAUUGGUUCCCCGCGACGCAGCGUGGAUUUGCUCUGAAAUUACCUGCACACGGUGAUUACCUUUUUUUUUCUUUUUCUUUUUUUUUCCUCGGGGAAAACAUUCUGUGAGCUGUAGUGUUUAUGUAUCUAUUCCGAUUUCAAAUCAAUAAACAUCUCUACCUCACUCUCA